AUGCUCGAGGAGGACGCCCUGCGGCGGCUCAAGACCGACGCCCGCUAUUACGGCCUCGUGGGCCUGCGAUGGCUGCUCGAGCAGGCGGAACUCGCCCCGCAGGGGCAAUUCCAGCCCGGCCCUGGGGUCAGCCCGGAGCAGAAUCGCCUGCGCGUGAUGUACGGCGUCGCGGUCGUGGGCGACGCCGUGUUGGUCACGGGCCGCCACCGCAUCACCUACGAGGUCCUCACCGCGGACUACGUCGGGGUCGGGCUCAUCUCGGACUCCUGCGUGAGCAAGGACCAGGAAUUUCACAAAACCUCGAACAGCUGCGUGUACUACAUGUCCGGCGUCUUUUACUCCAAUUUUCCCUACCACCGCAAGGAGGAAAAUCUGGAAAAGAUCGAUAACGGGGACUUCAUUUCAAUCCUGGUGGAUAUGGACAAGGGGUUCGUCGAGUACAAACUGAAGAAUUUUACAAAGAUGAUCUCCAUUGGUCGAGCGCGGCGCUUGCGUUUCGCGGUGACGAUGAAAGUCUCGUCCCGCAUCCGCAUUGUUCCGGAAGAGGAAGCGAACGGACUAUCCAUGCAUAAGAAUAGAUAG